AUAAGGUGAUCUUCUUCGAGAGCUACUUUUUCGAUCUCUUGUCUUCUCGGUGCAGUUUGACUGAAGAUUUCUAUACACUUUGGAAUACUGUACGGGAGAUUUGCUGUGUAGCAGCCCAACGGCAUUAUGCUGGACUACUGAAGGGCUCCGUCUCAGCUUUAGAACGCCCACGCACCCUGCGUCGUCUGCGCAAGGUCUACUCGCCGGCUAUCGGCGGCAACGGGAUGGGCAAUGACGUCAACGUCACUGGUGAACAGCGACUGGAUCAGCAAGACCUUGCCACGACUAGCGAGAGUGAUAAUUACCAGCUAGUUGUAGGUCGAGAGCAAUCUGAUGAGACGAGGCUAAACUUAAUGAGCCCUUUUGAUGAGCAAGAGGAGUGGGCUAAGAUUUCAGAGAUCAUGGCCUCCUUUGGUACAGGGCUUAUUCGUGAAUCUAUCUUUGUCAAUGAGCUUGAGAAGGAAUUCGAAACAAGACUUGGUUUAAAUACGGAUACAGGUAGUCCAUGUGCAUUAACAUUGGUAGGUCAAUGGUUAUCGCAAUUGAACUUAACAGACUAUGAAUCUCUUUUUAUAAAUUAUGGAUUCGACGAUUUAGAAUUCAUUAAUGGUGUUAUUGACAUGAAGGAUUUAAAGGAGAUGGGCAUUAACAGCGAAAAAGAAUGUUCUAUUAUAAUGGAUGCAGUAAUGUUACUUAACAACCAAGUCGGAAAGCAACCGGAUGUAGUUAAAACCCAAACUGUUGAUGAUUGGCUGAAAUCUAUACACCUGGAUAAUUAUACAGAACUAUUCAGGAGGCACUUGUACACGGAUAUGGACCGAGUCCGUAGGGUUUGGGAAGUCGAGCUAGCAGCUGUAUUGGAAAUACAGAAACCUGCACAUCGCAAAAGAAUUUUAACUUCAGUUAAGUGUGAUCAUAUGUCAAAUUCAGCUUCACAUAUGGGCAAUAACAAUGGUCCUAAUCUCGAGGAUCUUAACAAGGAUCUUGAUGCCUUGAAUACAAAUAUUCAACAGUUGAAAGAGGAAAUUCGUGAAAAACUUCCUGAUACUGAGCACAACAUAAGUAAUUUUAUUUUGCCAACAUCAGAAUCGACAGCUGUUACCACGGUUACCGGAACAACUGUUAGUGCAACAAGUACAUUAAAGCAUCGUAAGAAUAGACCUGCACCUCAGCCACCACAGGUGCUUAGUAUACAUAAUGGAACUUUACAAACAUCUGAGUAUCUGGAAAUUAGAGGACCAUCCGAACUACUGUUCGGAGUGCCAUCGACCCUUCAAACUCAAUGGAGACAUCAGCCCAAUGAUCUAGUCACUGGUUGCGUCACUUACAUCGCCAAUUAUUUGGGUUCAACGGUUGUGAAGGAAUUAAGAGGAACAGAGUCAACAAAAAAGUCGAUACAAAAAUUGAAAAUGAUUUAUCGAGACCCAAAAGGUACUCCAGAUAUCACUUUAUCGAUUUCAUAUCGGGGCGUUCGAUUUCUUAAUACAUUAACUAAUGAGCCAAUAUGUGAACACGAGAUACGAAACAUCCAUUGUGCUUGUCAGGAUGCAGAUGAUUUGACACAUUUUGCUUAUAUUACCAAAGAUCACAUAAGUAGAACUCAUUUUUGUCAUGUUUUCUGCGUACUGACAAUGGAUCAAGCAACCGAGAUUAUUCUAACACUUGGUCAGGCAUUUGAAGUUGCAUAUCAAUUAGCUAUAAAAGACAAAAUAAGUAGCCAUGCCAUUCGUUCACAAUCAGCUAAUCAACUGACGAAUCUUGUGUCUUCCGUGUCAAAGAAUUUUACUACAACGACAAUUACUGAUACUCCAUUAAAAGAGUUGAGUCAUAACAAUUUCCAUCUCAUUGAUACACAUGAUCACUCACAUUCUGUCAAUGAUAUUAAAAUCAAUGGAAAUCAACUAAACCGCAUAUCGACUCCAGUAGACGAUAUCAGUAUUGAUGUCAAGGAUAUGAAAGCUGGAUCUAGAGCGCCUAUUGUUCUUUCUGAGGAGCUUUAA